AUGUUUUCGAUAAUCGUCGAUGCUCACUCAAAAUGGCUAGAAGCCUAUCCAAUGAAAUCAAGCUCAACUUUUGAAACAAUAGAAUGUUUGCGGGACUUUUUUGCACGAUUCGGAUUACCAAUAUUGUUAGUGACUGAUAACGGGCCACAAUUCACUUCACAUGAGUUGAAGAUAUUUCUGCAGAGUAACGGAAUCAAACACAAAACUACAGCACCAUUUAAACCAUCUAGUAAUGGGCAGGCUGAACGGUAUGUGUUUACAGUAAAACAAUCUUUAAGAACAAUGCAAAAUUAUCCGGGAACUUUGAGACAAAAACUCAGUACAUUUUUGAUGCAAUAUAGAAAAGCUCCAAAUUUAACUACUCUACAGAGCCCUGCAAUGCUAAUGCUGAAGAGGGAAUUCGAACAAGAAUAG